AGCAGGAAGCGCACAUUUUAGGGGCGGACAUUAGGUUUUAUUAACUGGAUUUCUUUGGAAUAUCUAACUGAAAGUCAUUUGUCUUUGUCUAGCAGGAAAUAAUCUCUCAUGUCUCUUUAAUUUUUCUCGAAAACAAUAUCUUUCAUUCAAUGCAUCCUGCCCUGUUGCACUAAGUAACUGUCAAUCAAGUGCAGUGUUCCUCAGAAGAGCACCGCAGCUUAUGUGGAGAUGGAGGAACGCGCUCGGAGCUGCCUGCUGCGCUCCAAAGACACUCUAGAGCAGGACAUUAAAGCCUCCUACUUGAUGGACCACAUGGUCAGCGACGACAUCUUGACGAAUGAUGAAGAAGCAAGGGUGCUUGGCAAGCCUACUAGAAGAGAGCAGGCCACAGCCCUGCUAGAGGUGCUAUUGAGGAAAGACAACAGGGCCUACAUCUCCUUCUACAAUGCGCUGGUCAGGGAGAGUUAUGGAGAUCUGGCCAACCUCCUCCAUAGUGACUUGCCUCUCCUCAGCCCUGAGGGAGAGCGAAGCUUUGCUGAUGGAGUGUCUCCCUCUGUCCAGGCAAUUCUGAGGGAAGGUGGGGUGCCUCAGAGACCUGUGGUGUUUGUGAGCCGACCCACUCUGCUCAACCUGGUCCGGGAGAAGCUGUACUGGCUGAAGAAUACACCAGGCUGGGUCACUGUGUUUGGCAUGGCGGGCUCAGGGAAGUCUGUGAUGGCUGCCGAGGCUGUUCGAGACCAUGCCCUUAUUAAGGAGUGUUUUCCAGGUGGCGUUCACUGGCUUUCUGUCGGCCAAUGUGAGCGGGCAGACCUGUUGGUAAGGAUACAGUCUUUAUGUUUCCGUUUGGAGCAGGGUCAAAGUUCAGAUGCCAGUCUGCGGCCACCCUGCUCCGUGGAGGAGGCCAAAGAGCGUCUACGGUUUCUAAUGCACCGCAGGUUCCCCAGAUCCCUGCUGAUUCUGGACGAUGUGUGGGACAGCUUUGCUCUCAGGUCCUUUGAUAUCCAGUGCAGAGUUCUUCUGACCACGCGUAAUCGAAGUCUGGCCGACUCUGUGAGCGGUACAAGGUUUGAAGUGCCCGUUGAGAGCGGUCUAGAUGAGGAGAAAGCCCUGGAAAUUCUUGCUUUGUAUGUCAAUGGGAAACCACAGAAACUUCCUGAAGAGGCCCGUAGCAUUGUGAGCGAAUGUAAAGGUUCUCCUCUGGUUGUUUCUCUGAUUGGAGCUCUAUUGAGGGAGUUCCCUGACCGCUGGAGCUACUACCUGCUACAGCUGCAGAAGAAGCAGUUCAAGCGGAUCCGUAAGUCAUCGUCCUACGACUAUGAAGCUCUGGACCAGGCCAUGGACGCCAGUCUGCAGGUUUUGGAGCCAGAACACAGAGAUCUGUACAGAGACCUGAGCGUCAUGCAGAAAGACAUCAACGUGCCUGCUAAGGUUCUGUCAGUACUGUGGGGUCUUGAGUUGGAGGAGGUGGAGGACAUCCUACAGGAGUUUGUGAAUAAAUCUCUGCUGUUUCGAGACUGUAACCAGCGACCAUACCACUAUUACCUUCAUGAUCUGCAGCUGGACUUUCUCGUUGAACAGAAUCGUGAUCAAAUUGCUGAACUACAUAAAAAGAUGAUCCGUCAAUACCAGCAGUUCUACAAUGAAAGGCCACCCAGCUCUGGAGAUAUAGACUGUUUGUAUUGGUACCGCUUCCUCCCAUACCACAUGGCUAAAGCAGGACUGUCUAAGGAGCUUUAUUCACUGAUGUUUUCUUUGGACUGGGUCAAAGAGAAAGCUCAGAUUAUGGGAUCUGCCCAUCUUAUCAACGAUUAUGUAGAAUAUGGUGAAAUACUAGAUAAAGAGAAUAGUGAGGUGAGAUUGCAGUUUCAGGAGUUCCUGUCUUUAAAUGGCCAUCAUUUGGAGCUGAGGCCAUUUCCUGACAUAGUGCAGUUGGCUCUGUCUCAGCCUGUGUGUUCAGAGGUUUACAGACAGGCCUUGAUGCAGGCGCAGAAAAGGGCCAGCAGAGGGCAGCUCUGUCUGGACUGGGUGAACAAAAAUAAUAAGGACAGUUUGUCCAGGCUGGUCAUGCAUCCUCACCAGGGGUCUGUCUACUAUGCUUGCUUUUCCAAAGAUGGGAGUAAAAUCGCCUCUUGUGGGGCCAACAAGGCGCUGCGGGUGUUUAAAACAACCUCUGGAGAGAAACUUCUGGAGCUUCAGGCUCAUGACGAAGAUGUUCUGUGCUGUUCCUUCUCUCCAGAUGACCGUUACAUUGCUACCUGCUCCAGUGACAGGAAGGUUAAGUUGUGGAGUGUUGAGCGGGGUACUCUUAUCAGAGAGUUUGGGGAGGAACAUGAGGAACAGAUAAACCACUGCCAGUUCACCAACACAGGCCGACGUGUCCUGCUGGCCACCUGCUCAAACGACAAAUUCACCAACACUAAACUAUGGAAUCCCAACAAGCCGACCUCUCAGAACACUAUGUUUGGACACAUGGAACCUGUCAAUCACUGCUGCUUUUCUCCUAACGACGCCUACCUUGCCACUUCAUCCAGUGACGGCACCUUGAAGCUGUUUGAGGUGUCAUCUGCGAAUGAGUGGAAAUCAAUUGAUGUCAAUAGUUUUUUCCCAGAGAGUGACGAUGAAAUAAAAGCCAUCGUGAAAUGCAGCACUUGGUCAGCCGAUGGCUCACGGCUUGAUGAAAUAAAAGCCAUUGUGAAAUGCAGCACUUGGUCGGUCGAUGGCUCACGGAUCAUUUGUGCUGCCAGAAACGCUGUGUUUGUAAGUGAUUUUGUGAGUGUUGUUGUGAAAUGUUGUGGAACGUGGGAAACAGAUCGGGUUCACACCUCCUCUGCUGCGGCUCUGAAGCGGGAUUCUGAUGUUCUCUUCUCCCACAGUGACGUUACAAUAGUGGCACCAGACAGCAGAAACAGAUUACAGGUACGGACCGGAUCGGCAGGUGCCAUUCUGUUUGAGAGUGAAGAGUUGCUGUCCAGGAUUCGCUGUACGUGUAUCAGCAGAAAUGCUUCAUUUGUGGCCCUAGGAACUGAGGAUGGAACUGUACAGGUGUUGGAGGUUCCAUCUGGAAAAACAUCACUGAAGCUCACAGGUCACACUAGGACUGUUCACCACUGUCAGUUCACUGAUGAUGGUGAAACCCUCAUCACAUCCUCAGAAGACACCACUGUCCGGGUGUGGAAGUGGAGGACAGGUGAGUGUCUGGUGCUGGAGGGCCAUAAGGAGCCGGUCAGGAAGUUUCACCUGUUGAACAACUCUUCUUCCUCUCACCUAUUCUCAUGGUCGUUUGAUGGCACUCUUAAGGUCUGGGAUCUGAACAGAGGGCAUAUGCUGCAAGACCUUGAGUGUCAUAAGGGUGCUGUCCUGUCAUGUGAUGUGUCCUCUGACGGACAUCUCUUUGCCACCACAUCGGCCGAUAGGACUGCUAAGGUAUGGAGCAGUGCCUCGUGGGAGAACACUUUUUUACUGAAGGGACACAAGGACUGUGUUCGUAGCUGCCGUUUUUCUUGGAACAACAAGCGACUUGCGACGGGGGAUGACAACGGAGAAAUCAGGCUGUGGAGCAUGCUGGAUGGAGCUCUUCUGAAGAUCUGUUCCCGGGACACUAAGGACUCCAUGGACUCUUUCCACGGUGGAUGGGUGACUGACCUGCACUUCUCCCCUGAUAACAGAGUACUGGUCUCUACCGGUGGAUACAUCAAGUGGUGGAGCGUGGAGACUGGCGAGGCCUUGCAGACAUUCUACACGAUGGGAGCCAAUCUGAAGAAGAUCCACGUGUCACCCUAUUUUACCACCUUUGUCACUGUGGAUGGCAUCGGUAUCCUUUACGUUUUAAAGAAGGUGGAGGGAGGAAGCCUAUAGAUGUUGUUUUAUAAAAUGGUUUCAAGUUCUCUACAAUGUUGGGAACAAAACAUUUUUAGAAGACACUUUGGAGCGUAAGAAAUGGGUUUGUUGAUGACUUAAAAUUCAAUUGUAACAAUUAAAAAAAAAAAAUUCUUACUGAUGUUUCAUAAUGCUGAAUUGAAGAAUCUGUCCUUUUCUAUGACAAUGUCUUUGUGCUGUCGCAAUCGAAGCCAAAUACUCUGACCCACAUUAACAAAAGCCUUUGUAUCUUUUGUUAGAGGGCUUAUGCAGCCCAGCGUCGGAUUUCCUCCGAGUCCAUGCGUUUGAACCAAUGCCUUAAUGUCUAAGUAAAUGUGUGAAAAGAAGCACAUUUUGGGUGAUGUGCUUAAGGUUUGAUUUGUGACAGCGGAGUUUCAUGCAAGGGCUUUAAGCUGGCUCGCCAAUUAAGUGAGGAACACUAUUGUAACCUUGUUAUGACUACAUAAUUUAGUUUGUGGGUAGGUUUCUCAGCGAGACUUGAAGAAAAACAAGGAAUUACAGAUUUUCAGCGUUGUCUUAAAAAAAUAAAAACACCAAGUAAAUGUGUAAUGAUACAAAUAUGAAGUGCUGUAACCAGAGUACAAUUUGUCCAUGCAGAUACACCACUGGAUUAUCAAAAGGUGAACAUGUAAUUGUUUUUGGUGUUUAAGCAUGGUGUAAUGUGAAUAUAAAAUGCAGUACAAUCAAUGAAGACCAAGGCAAGUAGUCUGACUGUCAUUGAUGGUACGAUUGAUGUUAAUUAAUUUAUUAUUGGCACAUUUGUUCUUCCCCAGCGCUUUACGGUGUACAGCAUGAAAGUAGAUGCAAGUGAUUUUUGCAUGUAAGGUAAGAAAUGUUAAAGAGCAAAAAAAUGUAGAUCUUUUGUGUGUGUGUGUUUAAAAGGGAGGAGGGCAGUGCUGACACAGCAGCGGUCACCGUCUGUUUUUGACACUUCCUGUUGGCAGCUGGCUGAUGAAAACAGACAGCGCACUGUUAUCUAAAUGUCAUUGUUGAGCAGAGCUGUGCGCUGCAUUGUACAGUCAGCGGUAGACUGCAUUAGUUGUUUGCAAAUGUUUGUGAGAAGUGUUUUUUUGUGUGAAGUAUGAAGAUGUAGUGUUUUUGUUUUGAGGUGAGAGGCGGCAGGUCUGUGGAGCCGCUUUUCUGUAUGUGCCGAUCACACAAUGACAUUCUCAAUCACCGCAACAAGCCACAACCUCACAUUGCACUAGGCUGGGGUGCCCAAUCCUGUUCUUGGAGAUCCACCUUCCUACACAGUCCACUUCCAACUGUAAUCAAAGGCACCUGUCUGUAACUUUUUCUGAAUUACUUUAGUUGCUUGUGGGUUUAAAAUGACCUUUGCUGGUAGGUACAUCUCCACAAACUGGAUUGGGCACCCUUGCGCUACAUUUCCCCAGACCAUUGACAAGCUUGCCGUUCAAUGAUAUCACAUUCUAUCACCCAAGCCAGCUCAUCUGUGGUAUGAACAAGAGUUACCUCAUUACUUUUUCAGCUCUCCCUUACUGGUGAAAUUGUUGCUAGAGGUUCAGUGAAAACUCAACAUUCUCUAAACCAUUACAUAACCCACCAUAGCAUCCCAAAGCUUAUGCCACCUGUGGUUAAAGUCUGCUUUGUUGAAAAGGUUUGGGCCUUUUGCAGAUGUAACAACUGAUUUUUUGGAAUAGGCCGGGUGAUUUUCUGUUCUAUCCCUUUCCUUAGCAUGUAUUGACUGUUGAGGUACAGAGAUCAUUUAUCUUGUGCAUCUCAGCUACACAUUUCAAACCAGUUCUUGAGCACAUUAAACAAGUGUUUGCAUUUUACACAAUUGUCCAUUUCACUUUUGACUAGUUACUCCACUUUACCCAAUUACACAGUAGGGGUUG